AUGGCCAACAUUGUUCGGACGUCGACCCCGGACCAGACCCCCCAUAAAAAGGCUGCCGGGGCGGAGGCCAAGAAGAACAUCAAGGCUUUGGCCGUCGAGAGUGGCCUGUCCAAAGACGUCGCGUCGCAAGCAUCUCCGUCCAAGGGUAAGCCUCUGUUACACGAAGAAGAUUUCCCUGCGUUGGAUGCCGUCAAGGGGAUUUCCACGCAGCCUGGCACACCGUCCAGGUCUGUCGUUGCAACACCAAAGAUUGCUCCAGCCAGCAUCAGGAAGCCCCAACAAGAGGCUCCAACUGGAGCUCCAACCCCGUUGACCGAGGCGCCCAAGCACACGCCCAAGGCUGCCGAGAAGAAACCUGUGCUGGGCGUCCUGAACAUUGCCGCGGCCACCAAAGCGGCCCAGCCGAAGCAGCCAGAGGCAGGUACGGCGGAGCAGUCGGAAUCGUCAGCAUUCCCCGCCUUGCCAACUCCGACAACUGCUAGUGUCGCAUCUCCCAUUACAAGAGCUGCACCUAAGACUCUGCGUGUCGUCUCGACUCCCAAGGCGGAAGUACCACCGGCCCUGCAUUCUGGCACCGCCUCCACUGCCGCCAGAGCCGUGUCUACUGCUCACGGUCGGCCCGGAACACCGGUGAGUGAGAUCAUCAGUGACAGUGCAUCCAUCGUAUCGGCAUCUGUUUCUGCAUCCCGCACGAGUUCGCCUCCUCCCACCAGGAUCGGGACAGCGCCCGUCCGCACUACGACGAAGAGCCAGCAGCGUAAACAACGUAAGGAGGCCCACAAGGAACAGUCGGCCACCAUUGCUGUGGUGCCGAAAGUAGCGGAAGCCGAGGAGCAAGCGCCCAUCAUCGGUCGUAAGAAGAAACAGAAGAAGGAGAAGCCGGCCACCACACCCCCAGCAGUGCCUAAGAAAGCUGCCGAGCGCGCAGCGACGCCGCCUCCCCCGCCGAAGGAGCCCACUCCUCCUCCCAAGCCCGUCGUCGAGACAACGGUCGUUGAUCUGCCACCUCCAAAGGGCAAAGCUGCCAAGAACGCCGCUAAGAUGGCAAAGGCGGCCGAAGAGAAAGGUAAGAGCAAAGAGGCACCUGCGACGACUACGCCUUCGCCUCCAGCGCCGACUGCCGUCGCCGCGCCUGAAGAGUCGCAGGACAUUGGAGACAACCCCAAGACCAUCCCGGAAGUCGUCUUCCAGGACCUUGUCAGUGCCGGCGAGGCUCCUUCUCCGGACGCCCUUACGCUGCUCAAGCCGCUCGCCGAGCAGAACACCCGCAUUGAUCGAGCGCAUGCCGCCGCGGCGCAUGGCAACAGCCCGCCUCCGUCGACCGCAACUAAGAAUAUGAUCUCGGAAGCAGACCACGCCGUUCUUAUGACUGGCCAGCCGGUUCGUAAGGUGAUUGACGGCCAUCGCGUGCUCAUCACGCCCAACGGUGACUGUGUCCGCAAUCUCACCGAGGAGGAAGAAGAUAAAUACCUGGAGCUUCAGAAGCGUGUUGCCGUAGCCAGCGAGCAGCCCGACAGUUUUGUUGCACCCCGCCACCAAGCUCGCCCUGGUGGCUUCUCUCUCAUCAAGGGACGGGCUGUGCCCAACGGGCCUCCGUCCUACUUCCCGCCAUCCCCCAACGCACAGAAGAUGUUCUCCGACGACCCGGUCAACAAGAUCCAGCGCGAGGAGGCCAUCAGCUACAUUAACCAGUUUGUGCUGCCGCGGCUCAACCUCGGCAACACCAACUUGUUCCCGGGCAGCUGGAAGUCUGCGCCAGGUGCUAAGGAUGCUCUCUCGGCGCGUGAGACCGCUGCUGCCAGCCUCAACUCGCUUGCUCCCUACAUCUACGGCCAUGACGCCGCCGCCGGAGCGGGCAUAUACUCGGCGGAGAGCGGCGGUUCGGGCAAGGACAUCCCCGAAGACGAGACGCCCUUUGGCGGCCUGGACUCGCCGCACCAGCAGGGUAGCGAGGUCGCCGUCGCGAGCGCCUCGGCCUCUGCCGCGGCUGCCGCUGCUGCGCAGGCUCAUGCCCAGGGCAGCAGCGCGCACCCCAAGCUCCCCGGCACGCCUCUUAAUGCCAUGUCGCUAAUGAGCGUCGAGGACGCCGAGACGGCGCUGGGGCUGGCGCGCAAGGAGACGGAGAAGCUCGAGAAGGGUCUGAACCAGGCCAUUAAGCGUAACCGGAGGCUGCUUCUCGGCGGCAGGUGA